GUUACCGGAUGCUUACUAUUGGCAGUGAUGUCCUCUGAGCCCCUGACAUCGCGUCACUCAAACCCCUGCUGCUCAGUCUGUGUCUCGAUGUCGCUGGCAAGCUGACCUCCUGUCCCACGGCCUGGCAGCUGGAUCAUUCUGGUCACGGACAGCAGACAUGGGAUGGAGUCAACCCUUUGUCCAUGAUGGCGCAUAAGAUGGCAACAGGCCAUCGCCGUGAGGUGGAAAGGGCAAGCUUCCUCCCGAGCGCGCAAACACCCCUACAGCGAAUAGCAGACUAUCAGAGAUGGCUCGCGGACUCGUCUCUCCGGUACUCGAGAAGAAGCCGACGCCCAUCGAGCCGGUCCCGACCUGCAUCGUCAACGAGGCCGGCCGCGGCGAGCCCGGCGUCUGCGGCCGCGAAGCAGCGAGCGGGCGCGAAUGCGCAGCGCCCGUCUGUGCCGAGCGCCUCUGCCAGUACCGGCACGCCGACGGACAGCGGUGCAGGAAGACGCCGCUGCGCCUCGAGCACGGCACCAAGUACCUGGCCGCCAGCUGGUUCCCGGACAUCACGCAGUCCGUGAACUGCGAGGACCACGAGAAACACAACUGCGUCCAGCUCAUCGACGGGGUCGCGCGGUGCUCGGAGAUGAGCACCCCGUUGCGGAACUGCUGCCCAGCACACGACGCUGUGCAGUGCAAGUGGGGAGCGCAGGGCGGCGUGCGAUGCAGUAGGCGGGCCGAGGAAGGGUCCAGGCAUUGCGAGAACCAUCGCUGGUACGAACAACCGCUCUCCCAUCUCCCAUAGCCCACGCCCAAGCUGACCGAGCAACGCGUCCCUCAUCACAGAGCGCCGCGACCAGCAAAGCCCGCGACCGGUGCGGCGAGCCCCGGUGCUAGUCGAGCCUCUU